AUGGAGCUCUUUGCAGCAGCCGAGGAGAAGCCGUGCAGCAGGCUGUUCAGGAAGAGGAGCGGCGGCGGCAAGGCGGGCAUGGGCGCCAUGCGCGGCGACGGCAGCGGCGGCAAGGGCCGAUCCUUCUCCGGGCGGUGCGCGCGGCUCGUCAAGGAGCAGCGCGCGCGGUUCUACAUCAUGCGCCGGUGCGUCACGAUGCUGGUGUGCUGGCGCAAGUACGCCUGA